AUGAGCUCGGGUGCAGAUGCCGGCGCUGGUGUUCCCCCGACGACAGCGCCAGCGGCGGCCGUGCCUGCGCCGCCUCACGAGACGCAGACGGUCGCAACGGCCUCCGCCCCGCAGUCUUUGCCUGCUCUACCAGAGGAGGCCGAAGCCGGCGACGGACGGAGAGAGGAGUCAGACUUGCUGCAGUACUCACAGACUCUGGGUAUUGACCUCACACAGCACUCUGACUUGCUUUGGGUCGUCCAGGAGGCCUUCAAUGCUCCUCUGCCGUUGAGCUGGACCGAGUACACAGAUGACGAGGGUCGUGUCUACUUCUUCAAUCAGUCAUCGAGCCAGUCCACCUGGGAACAUCCCAUGGACGCGGUGUAUCGGGAAUUGCUCAAUGUGAUUCAGCGAGCACGAGAGUCUGGGGUGUCGGCCUCUUACGAGGGCUGCGCCGCCCUUGUUCAAAACCACCUCCGUGAGGUGCACCAGCGGGCACUGCGCUGUCUCGAGGACUGGAGCGGUCCCUAUGGCGCGGAGGAGGGCGAAUACUACUACAACCAUCGGUUGAAGGUGAGCACCUGGGACUGUCCCGUGACAGAGUGGGAGCAGGAGCUGAUGACGCGACAGGCCGUGCUCUACUGGUGCCUGAUGGGACCUGGGCGCCCCGAUGGCGGAGCUCCGUCCGAGGCAGCUUCAGGUUCCGAUGGCGACGAAGGCUUUGGACCGGAUCUGCUACGAGCCCUGCGAUUGCCCCUGAACCUGGUAAGGCGUGAGAGCGUCAGCACUCCUCCCUCCACCCCUUCCACAGCAAGGUCGUUUCACACAGCACGGUCCAUGCACUCGAGCAGAUCGCAGCGAAGCCGAAUGACGGCAGAGGACAUCACGGACAGGGGCUCUGCCCGCGGCUCGCCGCCUAGCGGCUCGCCUCGCGAGGCCUUGGCUGCUUGA